UCAGAAUGCAGUUCUUUGCCACUUUUGUGGUAGUGAUUUCAUUCGGGCUCUCUGCAGUGUUAGCUGGCAGUGGUCACAUAGGGGAGAACGCUUGUUACACCAUUAACUGUGGCAGUAACUACUACAUCCAAAUCACGUACGCCCACUACGGCAUCCGCUACUGGUGUGAUGCUUCAAACGAGGUCGGCGUAUUGAAUAGUAGAUGUUUGUAUAAAAGUUCCUGCCAGGUGUGCGCCACGAACAGCUGGUUUGGAGAUCCAUGCGUUGGAACAUACAAAUAUAUGUGGUUUAAUUGGGAUUGCAAAAGUCGAGCAGUCAACGGCAACUGGGGAGGGUGGGGCAGCUGGGGAAGUUGUACCAAGAGUUGUGCCAGCGGAACAAAGAGUCGGUCUCGCUCCUGUAACAACCCAGCGCCAUCUGGUGGUGGAUCGUACUGCUCUGGUUCCUCUUCAAGUUCCACUUCCUGUAACACCCAUUAUUGCCCAAUUCACGGAGGCUUCACAGCCUGGUCUUCUUGGGGAAGUUGUUCGAAAACGUGUGCCAGUGGGACAAAAUCUCGAUCCCGAUCUUGUACGAACCCUCGGCCAGCAUACGGAGGAAACGGUUGUAGUGGAUCAACAACUAGCUCUACUUCCUGCAACACUCACAACUGUCCGAUACAUGGUAAUUGGGCCGCCUGGGCAUCCUGGGGAUCAUGCACGGUCACGUGCGGUGGUGGCACGAAGGCCAGGUCCCGCACGUGCACUAAUCCCGCUCCUCAGUACUCAGGAAAUAAUUGUGCUGGAUCUUCAUCUUCUUCAACCACCUGCAAUACACAUCACUGUCCAAUUGACGGUAAUUGGGCUUCCUGGGGUAAUUGGGGCACCUGUACAGUGACGUGCGGAGGUGGCAUUCAAACACGGUCACGAAACUGCUCCAACCCUACACCACAAUAUGGAGGGGCGGACUGUGCCGACUUCUCGACGUCGUCACAAACGUGCAACACCCACAACUGUCCAAUUGACGGUGUCUGGGCCACUUGGGGAUCCUGGGGCACCUGCACAGUGACGUGCGGUGGAGGCUCACAGACACGAUCCCGCACGUGUACGAACCCUGCCCCUCAGUAUGGUGGUGCCGCCUGUCCGGGGAGUAGCGGAUCGUCACAGGCUUGUAACACACAACAUUGUCCGAUUGACGGAAGUUGGGCCUCAUGGGGAAGCUGGGGGACGUGUACGGUGACGUGUGGGGGUGGAACACAGGAUCGAACACGCACGUGCAGUAAUCCAACUCCUCAGUACGGGGGAGCAAGCUGUCCAGGGAGUUCAACAAGCACGCAGGAUUGUAACACCCAAAUAUGCAUAAUCGAUGGAGCUUGGGGUAACUGGAAAGAGUGGGGUUCCUGUACAAAGACCUGUGCUGGUGGUAAACGAUCACGAGCAAGAAUAUGUGACAACCCAAAACCAGCAAACGGCGGCCUAGAAUGUCCGGGGUCCUCAGGGGAUUUCGACGACUGUAACACACAAUCAUGUCCGACAGUCGCAGCAGGCACCUACCAACAGCUAUGUCCCUCGGGGUACUUCACCUGUAAAUCAGGAUCAAUGACGUGCAUCCAGAGCAGCUUCCAGUGUGACUGUUCGUCCGACUGCGACGACGGAAGUGACGAAGAUGCCACGUACGCUGGGUGUACAAAUGCCCUGCAGUGUCUAGCAGAGAACAAAGGAGUUGGUGUUGCUGCUUCUAUGGUGUUACUCUUGUCUACUCUCAUCUUGGCUAUCGGCAUCAAUUUCUAAUCGACUCAACUAAGGAUUAUAUGCUUUACCUUUUUUUAACAAUUUGAUUAUAUUUAUCUUUACCAAAUAACCCAUUUGUAUUUUUUGAUUUAAGCUCAAAUUUCGUUUCACAGAAUUCGAACUCCAUUAAAUUUUUUAGCCUGAAAUCAAA